ACAAUUUGAAAAAUCGACGUUUAUAUAGGGACUUGAAGUUGGAUUCGGAACACAAUUUUGGUAGCCAAUAGUAAAUCUUCACUUGCCCCGAAAUUCUUUCCCUUUUCCAUAGCUCCGCCCCUGAGUGAACACCUACGUGAUACACGCAAGUCUCUGGAGACGAGAGUUUUGGCUACCAUCAAGUAGUGAAGGGGAGCCGAUAUCAGUAUAAACAAGAAAUUCGGAUAAACGAAUUUCACUUUCUCAGAUUUCUAAGUUCAAGAAUGCCCCCCAAAGUUAGUGGAAAAGCUGCGAAGAAGGCCGGCAAGGCCCAGAAGAACAUUGCCAAGGGCGACAAGAAGAAGAAGCGCAAGAGGAAGGAGAGCUACGCCAUUUACAUCUACAAAGUCUUGAAGCAGGUCCACCCCGACACUGGCAUCUCCUCCAAAGCCAUGACCAUCAUGAACAGCUUCGUCAACGACAUUUUCGAGCGCAUUGCUGGAGAAUCGUCCCGUCUUGCCCACUACAACAAGCGGUCGACCAUCACUAGCCGGGAAAUCCAGACGGCUGUCCGUCUGCUUUUGCCCGGUGAGUUGGCCAAGCACGCCGUGUCUGAAGGCACCAAAGCAGUCACCAAGUACACCAGCACCAAGUAG